UAACCAACCACCCUCAGAGUCUUCCUUUUUGGAACCUACCGACUUCACGUCGUCCACCACGGCUUUCUCCCAGCAAAAAUGGCUUUCUUCACCAGCACCCCAAGCCUCUUCCUCAGCCUGGGCCUACGUUUAACAACGGCCAGCACUUCUACGCAAAUUCUGCCCCGUCAUCCACUACAGAAUUCCAACAGCCUCUGUUACGCCAAUACCCUCCGGUACCACUGUUCUCUAGCUCUAGCAACAACAUUUCUCAGCAACAAAACAACGUCGCAGCCAUGGCAGAUCUCAACAGCAACAACUCCUUCGAUUCGGGCGCGAGCCUGAUGCCCGGUUUCCAGGCCGGUGCAUUCAACUUGGACCAGGUCUCAGCUUUCACAGCUAUCAACGACCACUCGGCUGCCGCCGGGUCCACUCGCACCGUGUCUCCCAAGGACAUCUUCGCCGAUGCUUUCGGUUCUGCACCCCCCUCUGCCGCGUUUACAAACUUGACUUCCCCCGACAUCAACGACUCUCCCUUCCUCAACGACAGCUUCGAGUGCUCGCCCAUGUUCCAAAAUGAGCCUACGAUGGCCAAUAACGACUGGUACUCCUUGUUCCCCGAGGAGGAGUCCAAGACGAUUGAGCCCAGCUACGGCGCACCUAUGUCUCUGCCUUUGGAGCGCACUAUCAGCAGCCAGUCUAUGGAGCGAUCUGGCUCUUCCAGCACUGGCUCUCCGAUCGUACUCGACAGCUCGUUCCGCAGGAAGUCGUCUGUUACAAACUCUCCUGCCACCAACGGCAUCAGCAAGUCUCGUCGUCGAAAGGGCCCUCUCCCUGCCAUUUCUGUCGACCCGAGCGACAAGAUCGCCUUGAAGCGAGCCCGCAACACUCUUGCGGCUCGUGAGUCUCGGCAGAGGAAGUUUGACCACGUCUCUGAGCUCGAGAAGCGCAACUCCGAUCUCGAGGCGGAGAUCGAGAAGUGGAAGAGCAUUGCUAUUGCUCAUGGUUACAGCGGAUCCUCGUGAAUCCCCUCGUACUUCGAUUAUGGUCCCCUGUGGUCAUAAGGAGCUGGUGAAGAAACCAGCCUCGCCUUAUCGGCAAAAGUUUUCCUCUCUUUGAUGUUCAUGUUACAUCUCCUUGUACUGCUCACCUGUCCUUGAUUGGAUGAAGGUGUUGUUAUUGCGCGCACUCGACUUUAUUGUUUUUCUGGGUGUGUAGUCUCCCUUUUGGUUGAUGGACUCCUCCUGAUGCGUUUUAAUGCGUUGUCGAUGGGUUUUGCGCGAUCGUUGAUCUGUCUGAUGUUCUGAUGCGGUGAUAUUGAUUAGUUUCAAGCUGAAGUUGGCGAGAUAGUCUCCUUAUAUAUGCCUGAUUGCGCAG